ACCAGGGGUAAACUGUCCAAUGCGUUUAAAAAUAUAAAAUUCGGCAGGCAUCUGGCAGCUUCUGAGAUUACCCAGCUACUCUUUCUUUCCUCAGCUACCCCAAUUUUUGUUUCACUUCCUCUUUUUCUCAGCCCAUUGAUUUUCUUCUCUUUCUGAUCAAACCUUCCACCUCUUCAAAUGGCAGCAUUGUCAGGGAAGGUUGUUCAAAAUGUUUUUAUUGCACAGUUCUACCAACAGAAUAGGCAGUUCGGGACCCAAUAUCAAAGGGACAUUUGUGUCCCUUAUAUGCGCGCCUUGCCUCCUUUUCAUGGAGGGAAGUUAGCAUGGACUAGCAACUCCUCCAUGCAAAUGCGCAAACUACUGAAAUAUCAGAAUGGUUUUGUUAACCGAAGAACUUUUUACUGCAACGCUGCUUCAUCUGCUACUGCAAUACCAUCUCUGGACAAAGUCGAUCUUCUGAAGCUUCAGAAUGGCAGUGAUAUUAGAGGUGUGGCUGUUUCUGUUGUUGAGGGAGAACCUGUGAGCCUUACUGAGCCAGUUACAGAAGCAAUAGCUGCUGGUUUUGCUGCAUGGUUGUUAGAUAAGAAAAAGGUUGAUGCAUCUCGAAAGUUGAGAGUUUCCAUUGGUCAUGAUUCUCGUAUAUCUGCACAGAAAUUACAGGAUGCUGUUUCUCGAGGCAUUGCUAGUGCAGGACUUGAUGUUGUUCAAUAUGGUUUAGCAUCUACACCGGCAAUGUUUAAUAGUACACUUACAGAAGACGAGGCAAUCUUAUGUCCAGCUGAUGGGGCCAUUAUGAUAACAGCUAGUCACCUACCUUAUAACAGGAAUGGGUUCAAGUUCUUCACGAGUGACGGAGGUCUUGGGAAAAAUGACAUAAAAGACAUCUUGCAACGUGCUGCGAGUAUAUACAGUAAUUUCCUUGCCAAAGGUUACUCAGUAAAGGCUUCUGAAUCAGUUAAAAAGGUUGACUAUAUGGCCGUUUAUACAUCUGAUCUUGUGAAGGCAGUCCGAAAGGCUGCUGGGAAUAUAGAGAAGCCAUUGGAAGGAUUCCACAUUGUUGUUGAUGCAGGAAAUGGUGCAGGAGGGUUUUUUGCAGCAAAAGUACUCGAGCCUCUUGGUGCCAUCACUUCUGGUAGUCAGUUCUUGGAGCCAGACGGUAUGUUUCCAAAUCAUAUUCCAAACCCUGAGGAUAAGGCUGCGAUGAAAGCUAUUACACAAGCAGUUCUAGACAACAAGGCCAACUUGGGGAUCAUCUUUGAUACAGAUGUAGAUAGGUCUGCUGCUGUGGAUUCUACCGGACGUGAACUCAAUCGAAAUCGCUUGAUUGCUUUAAUGUCCGCCAUUGUUCUUGAGGAACAUCCAGGAACGACCAUCGUUACGGACAGUGUGACUUCAGACGGGCUUACUUCAUUCAUUGAAAAGAAACUUGGGGGAAAGCACCAUAGAUUCAAAAGAGGCUAUAAGAAUGUCAUUGACGAGGCGAUUCGAUUGAACUCUAUCGGAGAGGAAUCACAUCUAGCUAUAGAAACCAGUGGCCAUGGAGCUCUUAAAGAGAAUCACUGGCUUGAUGAUGGGGCAUACUUGAUGGUCAAACUCCUAAAUAAACUUGCUUCAGCAAGGGCUUCUGGCAAAGGUGUUGGAAGCAAAGUUUUAACCGAUCUGGUCGAGGGUCUGGAGGAACCAGCUAUUGCUGUGGAGCUGCGACUAAAGAUUAAUCAGAAUCAUCCCGAUCUUAAAGGACGAUCCUUCCGGGAAUACGGAGAAGCAGUGCUGCAACACUUGGGAAACUCCAUUGCUUCAAACCCCAAGCUUCAGAAAGCAACUGUGAACUAUGAAGGGGUUCGAGUUUCCGGGUUCGGAGGGUGGUUUCUCCUUAGGCUUUCACUUCAUGAUCCCGUCCUCCCUCUUAACAUCGAGGCGCCAAGCCAUGAAGAUGCAGUGAAACUCGGACUCGAGGUAUCUGCUGCAGUGAAGGAAUUUCAAGCAUUGGACACAUCUGCUUUAGACAAAUUUGUCCAACCUUAAUGACACUGAAUGGGUCGUGCCUUUCAGCAUUUGAGUAUUGUGUUCCAAUGGCUGCCUCUUUUGCUAUGGGCUGGCUUGCUAGUGUAAUAAUUGUAGUUUUGAGGAAGUUUCUUUGUAUUUUUUUUUUUGAAGAGAGGGGGUGAUGUUACUUAAAAGCAAUAAUAGAGAUAAGUCUGAAGAUAUAUAUAUGUAUAUCCAAUCUUAACAGCAAUAUCCAUGGUUUUACUUGCACCUACGUUGUUUUGUUUCUCUAUAUUAUCCAAUAUUAAUAUUAUAUAUUUAUAAUUACGUUUAAAUAA